AUGCCGAUUGAAGAAGUAAAUCCGAACAAAAACAUGCAAGUCGUCCAAAAGGUUUAUCGAGCAAGCUCAGUCCUCCUACAGGGCAAUGUUCAAACUGCUGUCAACAACUUGUUUCUCUUCCCCGGGCCGUUUGGCACAUCCAAGGUCUUUGAACUAAUACCGUCUAUCGACCCCAACUUCGUGGCAGUCUUCGGAUUGACCAGCGUCUUUGCCAAUAUUCCAGACCAGUUCGACAACGCCAGCAUCCCAGAACUGGCAAGCCUGUAUGUGGCGGAAAUCAAGUGUCGACAGCCACACGGACCUUACUCAUUACUGGGAUACUCUGUUGGCGGCACCAUCGCAUAUGAAGCAGCCCGACAGUUGAUUGCGGACAAGGAGGCAGUAGAACGGAUCUAUCUUGUCGACUCACCAUGUCCGCUGGUCAUUCCAUCUAUACCACACAAUCUGAUGAGUUUCAUUGGCUCGACACAAGCAAAUCAACAAGAGCUAGAUUCACAACCAAAGGCGCGUGUACAGCCCAUGAGCUCUACAGGUGGAACGCCGACGCUAGCAAUAAACCUACCAAGCUUAUUAAAGGGAGACGAAAAGCUCAUGUCAUGGUUGCUUUAUGACCGCAGGGGGCUUGGAGCAACCGGAGGUGGAUGGGAGAGAUUGGUGGAUAGAUCGAAGCUAAAAAUCGCCACCGUUGACGGAAACCAUCUAAGUAUUAUGGAAGAACCAAAUCAGGUCCUGGAGUGGGUAACGGAACUGCAAUCUUCGUACUGGGACUUAUCUUUUCCAUUCAAAGGCAGAAGUACAAGAAAACGGUGGUAG